AUUCCAGGUAGUUGUCAAUUUCCAAAACAAUGGUCGGGAAAAUGGUUUCAAUCGGGCGUCAUCAGCCACAUCCAAAUCAACUCGACCUACAUCGAAACGAAAGGCGAGUGUUACGAAGAACAAGGCGAAAAAGUCGUGGUCUACGAUCGUUCAGAAAAUUGUUACCGAUGCAUGGCGAUCCACGUAAAACAUCCAAGCGUGCUCCAAUACAAAGAAACGUUUUGCGAACCAUCCUCCCAAGAUAUCUGUUACGAUAUAUCCGGGGAUGCCCCGCUAUACAGCAUGUUUCGAAAAAUUCCCGAAGCAAAGCCGAUUCCUUGUCCGUUUAAAAGCGCACCUUUCACGUUUCAAUAUAAUAAAGGCAGCGAGGAAUGUACGAAUCCCCCAAGUAAAGCGGAAAGUUGUACUGAUGAUUCAAGAUUGGUUUUGAAAUAUCAAGCGUGUCCCGAUGUACCAGGUACGGAAAGUAACGUCGAAGAAUUAAUAUGUUUAGCGGUUUGGAAAGAGGGUUCAACGAGAUAUUUAGUCGGGAAAAUAUCCCAAUGGAAUCGUCGCAGUUUAAAUACCGAUGAAGACCAAUUCCGAUGUUUUAUUUACCAAAGAGUAAUCGGAAGAGAUGGCGAAGUUAUUUAUAAUAUAGCGCAAUCGGGCGAUGCGUCUUGUAAUGGAAUUACAAACGCGUUGGAAGGAUCCAAAACGAUGAAGUUGCGAACAGUUGAUAACCAUCAUAAUCGUUGCAAAUUCCCAACUUGGAUAACCGACCACCACACUUGGUUGAGUUUGGAUCAUAAAAAAACUUACAAGUUUUCGCAACGAAACGCAACGUUAAAAAUCGUCGAUGAAGAUCCGAAAUUGUUGACGCCGUCGCGGCAAAGACACGAUAAUUACGCGGCACAAUUCGCGUUUCAAACGUUGGGGUUUGAAUCGCAAGAACAAAGAAAAACUAACGCUGAAAUGAGGGUGGUGUGUCAUAGUAUUUUGCAAUCGGUCGAACAAAGAAAAGUGCAGAUUGUUGCUCAUAUUACACAUGGAUGUGAUAGCGGAUAUAUUUGCAUGGUUUUUCAUAAACGCGACUCCGGGGUUAUCGAAAUACAACAAUCCGGGCACGAAACUGGUUAUGAAGAGAACGCCGAUGACGCUUGUAAAAAUUUUGAUCCGAUUAAUACUCCGUAUACAACCUUAAUAACAACAACUCUCCAUCCACAAAAUUGCCCGCACUUGGGUCGUUACACUCUCGAACCAACCCCAGGAUCUUCCACCACCGAAGAACGUCGCAAGAAACGUCAACAACCCUCCACCCAAUCCACCCCUAACUCCAACUCAAACUCCAACCCUAACCCAAACUUUAACCCCAACCAAAAACAGUCGAUUUCUUUAGACCCCUCAUUAAACCACCCCCAACACCUACCCCCGGAGUGCAUCUCGAACGAUUUCGAAGCCUUGGCAGUCGGAUGCGGGGGCUCCCAAGAAGUAAUGGAAUUUCGAACACCCUGUAUACAACAACCGAUCGCCGGAUUUACUUGUCACGGAAGCUGGGAGGAAAAUAAUACGUUUUUCGUGAUUACGUCACCUUUAACGAGGCGAGCGACCGAUUCGAUGCGAUAUUGUUUCGUGUAUACGUUUAGUGGGGGUAGCAGGAAUGGUGGUGGGGGUAUGAUGACAGUCGCCGAUAUGAAUAUGGGGUUUGGGAGAGGUGGAGGUGGAAACGGCGGUGGAAACGGGGGGAUUGGGGGUGCGUAUGGAAGCGGGCCCGGAAACGGAGCGCACGUGUUGAUGAUAAGCGGAUUGUCGGGAAAUUGUAAUCGCGAUGUUAUACCGGGUGUUAAAGGAACGUGGGCGUUUAAUUUUACGAGUAAUGGUACUUGUGCCGAAAAUCAACUAAGAAGUAACGGUGUUAGUUUGUUAUUAACGG